GUUUGUGUACAUCCGGUAGGAUGACGGUCGACUCAAUCCAGGAAAAGGAUCCGGGAGAAAAACCUGUUACUUCAUUGGUCCGGCAUCGGUCAUUUAAAUAAAACAACAGAUAUCAGGGAAACGAAGCGAUGGAAAAUGACUUAAAAUCGAUGCUGUGCAUAUUUCCACUGUUAUCUUUCAUUUGCUCCGUUACUACACUCAACAGUCUAGGUCCGCCUCGCCUAGUCCCAGAAGCUUAUGUAAUGGAGCGACUAGUACCAGAGGGAUCUAAAGUCCAACUACCUUGUCCAGUCCAAGCUGAUCCAGACACCCUUUUCUUCGAAUGGUUCUAUGGAACAGAGUCAUUAAGCAUUUUUCAUGAGGACCGAUUCCGAGUCCAAAGUAAUGGCGUCCUCAAGAUCAAAUCCGUUGUCCCUCAGGAUUCAGGACUUUACAUUUGUAGAGCUGUAAACGGCUUUGGGAAAGUGGAUACAAACGUGACUUUGGUUGUGCUUGCUACUGGAGAGAAUAUAGAUACUGAAGAAAUAAAUAGUCCACCAGGUUUAAGAGCCAGGGACAAAGAACCACCUUAUUUUGUAAAUGUCACAAGGACCAAUAGCAAUGGUAGGAUAAGUAGAUUAGCAGGCAGUUCUUUAAGAUUGAUAUGUAAAGCUGAUGGGAAUCCUGAACCACAAGUCACGUGGCUAAAAAAUGGGCAGACUUUAAAUACCUCAUUAGCAUCCGGACUGAAACGAGGCAGAUGGAGUUUAUUCAUCCGUAAUCUUCAGGAAGAUGAUAAAGGCACUUAUACAUGCGUGGCAUACAAUCUAUAUGGGCAUCAAAACUACACGGUCAUAGUAGAUGUUACACCAGGUGCACGAAAAAAACCAGAACUUCGUGGAAUUCAUCCAAUUAAUAGAACAGUUGAAGAGGGAGGUUCGGCUGUCUUCCAGUGUAGAGUAAAAAGUGAAGUUUUACCUCAUGUUCAGUGGUUAAAAGAAACAGAUCCAUUAGAUGCUGAAGCAAAAGGUCAAAAAGUCAUUAAAGUUCAUGGAGAAUAUUUUAGAAUCCUGAAAUCAACAGAAGUUUUUGAAAAAUCAGAUGGAUCCUUUAUCAACAAAUUAAUCAUCACAGGAGCUUCUAAAGAAGAUGCCGGAAAAUACAUCUGCUUAGGCGCCAAUACCAUGGGCUAUAGUUUCCGAAGUGCCUUCUUAACGAUACGAGGAACCUCUGAAACGUACAUUUCUGAUAUGGAAGAAGCUGAAAACGAUGAUCUAAAAAUACAGUUCAGUUAUCUUUUCAUAACUGUACCGGUAACGAUAGCAUUGCUCAUCACUCUUUUUGCCGUUAUCUUCCUUCAUUAUCGCCACAAAUCUAACUGUAACCACAAUAAUGUACCACCAAAGUAUAACGAGCAAUUGGAAAAAGCAAUUACAUCUCCACCAGCUGUGUAUCCGAACAUUCACGAUGUUUCGAUCAUGGGGGAAUCGAACUUUCAUCGGACCCUAGAAUCUUCAGACGGUACUUGGUCUCACGUCCAUAGUACAUUAGUCAUUGAUCCAGGACAACCUGAUUCCUUCUCAGAAUGCGACUCAUCGUUUGUGUUUUUGGGGGACUUAAACAUGUAUCCGGAUAUCAUGUACAAAGAUAAUGGACAUGUCCUUAGUCUCUAUUCGCCAAACUUACAUGGUCAAGAAAAAAUUCCAUGUCUUGAUAGAGUGUAAGUCAUUUGUGUUGUUGGUUUUGUUUAUAGGUGUCAUUGCAGAUCAAGCUGACAUUGAGGAAAUAGAAUAUGUUGUUGUACACAUCAAGAAUUAUUGGUGAAGCUAUAUCUGCGCACAAUUCCUCGUCCUUGUUCAUUAUCCGUCUUUCAAAAGUUCUUGGCUUUAAUGAAGGCUGAGAAUUAAAAUGUUGUUACGUUAUAUUUCAGUUUGUAUUUAUCUUAUUAUAAAGGAUGUUUAAAUCCUUUGAAAACGGUUUUUUGUUUGAUGACGAUUGUUAUGUUGAUGUGUAUUCAAUCUCACGUUGAAGUGUGGUUCAAAUGUCAUCAGUUUUUGUGCAAUUCUGUUAAAACAUACGAUUUUUUUAAGGUUAUUAAUAAUUUUACGUUUUACACUUAAGCUUCUGUAUUCUCUCCUCAAAAAUUCUUGACACAAUGAAUGCUUAUCUAAAUAUUGAUCAAAUAUCAUGAAAACUCUUGAAAUUUUAAGAAUAGAAGAUUCCCUUCCCUAAUUUGAAGAACGUAAUAAAAUAGAAUCAUUUUAAAGUUCCUAUAACUGAAUAAUUUUAAAUGUAAUAUAAGAGAAGUAUAAAUAUAUUAUAUUUCUAUCAUAAAUAGGGGAACUGCUUCCUUCUAUGUAUUAAUAUUGCAUUAGCAUUGAUAUCAUAGCCUAAGGAUAUCUAUUUAAACUGCAGAAAUAAGAGUCAGAAAUAUCAAGAAAAUUUGAGAUAUUGACCCAUUAUUCCUUUUAAAUAAAUUUUCCUUUUUAUCAUUGCUAGAAUUUCAUUCACUUUUCUUAAAUUUUUCAUCGAGUAAACCAAGACUUCUAAAACUUUCUUAAAUAGGAACCCUUUCCAAUAAGGAGCACUUUCCAGAAUGGAACACUUAUGUGUAUUUUGCUGUAUGUAUUAUAGCACAUAAAUACAGCUGGGAAAUGAAUGUAACGGACGGAUUUACAUUUUUUUUAAAAUGUAUUCACAUACUUAUGAGUUUCUAACGAAUUUUAUCAUUUUCAAUAGAUUUCUCGAUUUUUCUCACUACAGUGAAAUCAUAGCGAAUCGAUUUUAUUCUGAAAAUCAGCAUGAUCAGUCACAAAUAUUCACACAAAAAACGUUCUGUAAAAAAUUAAAAUUGUUAAAUCUGAAUAACAGAUUAUGAUUAUGAGAGCUUCAGUUAAAUAAAAUAAGAAUAUGAAAUCCUUAGUAGAAAAUUAAAAAUUUGAAAUCCUUAACGAAAUCUGACAAAAACGAGACUUCGAAGAAAAGUUUCGUAGGGAAAAGAAAGUAUUCUGGUAAAUUAGCUGCAAAACUACGCUUCUAUUUUUAAAAAACUUUCUGGACAACAAUAAAUCGAGGUUUUAUUUCUUACAGAAACAGAAGCCAUGCAGCAAUUGAACAGACAGAGCUAAAGCGAAAAGAUACUGUUCAUUUUCUAAAAAUAUAUGUUUAUUUACAAACUUUUUAAUGAGUUUUUAAUGGAAUUUCAUCAAUUGAUUUCUUGAAUUUUUCUCAAUUCAAUGAAAUUAUAGUAAUUAGAUUCUGUUUUGAAAGUCAGCGUGAUCAGUCCCAGAGCUUCCCAAAAAACUUUCUGCAAACAAUUUAGAUUGUGAAAUCUGAAUAAGAUUAAAAUAACAAAAUUUUGAUGGAAAAAGUAAAAUUAUGAGAUCUUUAAUGAAAAAUUAAAAUUAUGAGAUCUUCAGUGAAAAACUAAAAUUCUGAGAUCUUUAGUGAAAAAUUGAGCUUACGAGAUCUUUAGUGAAAAAUUAAGAUUAUGAGAUCUUUAAUCAAAAAUUAAGAUUAUAAUAUCCUUAGUGAAAAAUUAAACGAGAUCUUUAAUCAAAAAUUAAGAUCAUUACACCUUUAGAGGAAAAUUAAGAUUUUGAAAUCUUUAGAGAAAUCUAACUAAUACGAGACUUCGAAGGGAAGGUUCGUAGAGAAAAGUAAAUAUUCUGGCAAAUGAACUGCCAAACUACGUUUCUAUUUCUAAAAAAAAUUUAAAAAAUAAGAAAUUGUGGAGAAAAGUAAAUCAAAUUUUUAUUUUCUAUUGAAACAGAAACCAUUUAGCAAUUGAGCUGAAAACGACUAUAUUUUGCACAGAUUAUUCUAAAAUUAUUAAAAUAGGUUAUGAUUAAUAUUUCUUGAUUCCCCUCAAUUUUAAACUACGUGAAUUUUAACAAGGAAAUACAUCGAUUCCAGAGAUUCUUAAGCUCUGGAGGAAGGCAACUGUUCAGUAUUACUUGGAACUUUUAUUAGAUAUUUCUAAUAUUAAAGCAGUUCUUUAGCAGAAGAUGGUGUUUCAAUAAUAGAAAUAUCGAAUGAAAGUUCCAAAUGAGAUCGAACAUUAGUCAGAAGCGCUGAUUAUCUAUUGAAAGUUGUCAACAAAAACAGUAAGCAAUGGCUAUGAAAUUUUUAAUUAUUAAAUAUAUACAUAUUUACAACAAAUAGCUCACACCGUAGUAGGAUCCAAUUAACAAUAUAACAUAUCUAAUGAAAGUUCCAAGUAAUACCAAACAACAACGAAAAACAUAGGCUUCUGUUUCUGUACGACUUAAUGAUAUUUCUAAUUAAUCCCUUAGCUAACCCAUAUUUCAGAAAAUUUGAAAUUUUCUUGACUAUUUAA